AUAUUACAUCCGCACACUAUCGCGGGACAAGCGACGUUUCGGAUAUUGAGCAUACGUCCCCCGAACAAAUGACGUUUCCGAAGCUGGCUACCGGUGGUGGGAUGGGCCGCGUAGCCGUUUGAAAAUCCCAAAAGACGCUUCGGCUCUCCACGCGCCAAGCCCGUUGCGUUCGACUCCCCCCCUUUUUUUUUCUCUUUCGUUGCAAGGCUCGUCUUCGUCGGAGUGCUCUUCCAUCGUUUCGAGAAUGACGAUCGAAGUCGAGGGCACCGACCACCAGAACCUCCCUGGGGACAGCAUAGAGGCUAUCUGCAAGGAGAAGGCCAUUGACGAGAACAUAGUCAGCCCCAAGUCUGAGGAAGGCGAGCUGAAGACCAUAGAUGACGUCCCCAUUGCCGAGACUGUCGAGUCCUCCAUCGAGCUUGCCGAAGAAGAGGUGCCGCUGCAAGGCGAGGCCGAGGAACAGGCCAAGGAGGAACCCGAGGAGCGACCGAGCCUCGUCAAGAUGGCAAGGGCCAGGUUCUGGGAGAGCUGGUUCAAGAAAGGCAGCACUCCAACCAAGUCCGACGUAGAGCCCUCCGAUGAAACCGAGAUGACUGAGAAACAAGGUUCCAAGCCCGAGGAAAACAAUGCCGACGAGAAGCAGGUGGCUGCGAACAACCACAGCGAGAAGGAAGCCACUGCCAACGAGGACCCGGCCAAAAGCGAGGCGGACGGAAACCUGAAGUCGUCCAGCUCGACCGACGUCACCAUCCCCAUCGGCGACUCCGAACCUACCAAGUCAGAGAAGCAAGCCGAAGAAGGCGAGUCCGACAAGCUACCCCUCCGCGACCGGCUAGCCAUCUACCGCCGGAAGCGCUACGUUCUCGUUGGAACCGCUGUCGGACUCCUAGUCCUUGUCACCAUAGUGCUGGUUGGAACCGCGCUCUCCAACGGAGGCUUCGGCUUCGAGGAGGAGUGGAAAACUCCGAUCGCCGUCACGGAGUGCGGACCCGUCGAGGGACACUUCGAAGACGACGUCUUCGUCUUCCGUGGGGUGCCGUACGCCCUCGCGCCAGUCGGUGACCGGCGCUGGAAGCCGCCGUUGCCAUUCCAGCGGCUCGGAGAUUGCUGGCGCGGCACAAAGCAGGUCCACGAGUUCGCGCCGCGGUGCUACCAAAAGGGCAUCCCGGGGGUCAAGCUCAACAUGAGCGAAGACUGCCUCUUCCUCAACGUGUACACGCCAUCGCUGUCGACGCGGCGGCUCCGACCGGUCGUCGUUUACAUUCUUGGUGGUUCGCUGAUGGGACUCGGCGAGGAAGACCUCCACCUUCAGCCGUCCCCGGCUCUGGCGCGGCGGCAAGACGUCGUCAUGCUGACGUUUGAUUUCCGACGGAACGUCUUCGGCUUCCUGGCUCUGGAUCAGCUGUCCAAGAGUGUGCAUCCCCCAACGUCCGGCAACUAUGGCUUCCUGGAUCAGGUGGCGGUGCUCAAGUGGGUGCAGCGGAACAUCCAGCAGUUCGGCGGAGAUCCAAACAAGGUGACCGUAUUUGGUCACGGUGCGGGAGCCACGUCUGCUUUGCUACUCAUGACGUCUGGACUGACCAAGGGACUGCUCAGCAAGGUCUGGAUCUCUGGAGCAUCAGUCAACUUCCCCAACCGCACCUUGGACGACGCCAUUCAGGACAACCUUGAGUUCUUGAGCAAUUUGGGUUGCACAGACGUCGUCUGCAUGAAGAACAAGUCGUCUGCUCAGGUGAUGGCUGCCGUUCCAAACUCCUGGUAUGAUGACGCCUAUGCUCAGCUGCCCAGCGCCGGCGAGAGGAACGGUCCUAGCUUGGCCCUCGUUGAUGGUCACUUCCUGAGGGACUACGUGUACGACCUGUGGGCCUCGCAGGACUACAAGGUUCCCAUCGUGAUAGGAUCGAACCUCCAGGAGUUUGCCUCUCGACGGGUGCUUCCCGACAUGGAGACUGCCGACAUCUCCGAGAUCCUCACCUACAUCAGGGACAGGCUGAACACAAUCGAUGUCAAACUGGCUGAAGAAAUGAUCAGCCUCUACAUCGGCAACGACACUUCGCCAGCAAAGCAGCUCCACACCAUGAUCUCGGACGUGCGCGUGACCUGCCCCCUCCAGCUGUUGACGCGCGACCUCGUCAACGCCACAGAGGGCGGAGUCCACUUCUACGUCGUCGACCAUGUGCCCAACGCCCUCCUCAACUUCUCCUCAAACGCCGUCCCCACCAAGUUCUCCCCUCACGGGCUCGACGUGGCUGCCAUCUUGGGCCAGCUGGCCUCCCGCAACGAGACGGCCUUCUCUUCGCGUGGCGACCUGCAGUUUCAGCACAACCUACAGGAGCUGUUCUACAACUUCGUCUACACUGGGACGCCGUCGCUCGGCUCUCAGCCGCUCAAGGAGAACCCGUUCACGAAUUACAUCGGAGCAAAUGUGCGGAGCCGCGCUUCCCAGCACGACGCGUGCGCUGCGUGGGAGAAGUAUGGCGUCUUUCCGACGUACGCAAAGAUGAACUGAAAGCCUCUUUUUUUUUUUUUUCUUGUCACCAAAGCAGAUUGCGAUCAGAAAUAUGGUAUUGUUUCGUGGGUACCCACCUCUUGGUGACUUGGUCACAGAGUAGCGACUAGGAAACGAGCUAUUCAAAGCCAUCCUAAGAAUACUCAUCACACUGUGUUCCUCGGGACCGCAAGUGUACUAGAACGUGUAAGAAAUGGAUAGACUACAACUUAUUGGCGUGACUGUAGCUGUUUAAUCUAAACUCAGUUUUGCCUUGCGAUGGUCCACAGCGAAUGCCUUGUGCUACUCAACCAAUCCAACACUACGAACGCGUCGCACGACUACGUGCCCCGCAUCCCUUCCAAAGGUCACACGGCAUUCGACUGGCUUCGAUGGUUAGUGGCGGCCUCUACGGUCAAUCGCAAGAUUAAAAAGAGUAUAGUAGAGCGCGGCAGUUAACUCUGACGAAGUGCACGGGUCGGUUUAAAACGUAGGGCUUACAUUUGCUCUUCUGGCAACUUCCCCCUGAACGUUCCUAGACCGGCUUUCCUGCACAACUGCCACGGGUGAAUUAGUACUGGCAAGUUUGGGCAUCCGAGGCUAUUCUGCGCGCGACUUGAAGCCAAGAUGGAGGGCUUUCGUGUAGAGGUCCUGCAGGAACCAAGUUUUGUCUUUGAACUUAAAAGCUGACAGGGUGAGAGAAAUUUGAGUGAAUCGACGGGGUCGAAGUUUGAUAACUCAACUUAUUUACCCUAGAGCCGCGGGUUACGUGUAGUAGAAGGAACGCCUUGUAGGAAAGUUUUUAGGGACAGAGUUUAGCGUUGUCUCCGAGGAACUCGUAACAGUUUCCACGUACUAAGACACCGUGUUUUAAGCUAGCAGCAUCUUUUUUGAGAUUUGCUGCGUCCACUUAGCAAGCCAGAGUUAUUGCUCAACGCAGCAUUUCUUACCUUUUUGUAUCUUCAACGUGUCUUUUCAUUGAUGUUUUUUUACUCCCUGGGUCGACAAACGUUAGAAGUUCACCAAUAAGGGAUGCAGCAUCUCUGUUUUAAAAAGGAACGGCAACAUUUACAGAUGCCUCCUUGGAAGCGUCGAGUUUUACACACGCACAAUUGCCAAAGGUUUCCCAAGACAAACUUUCUAUCAUGUACCACACACUGCGAAGAUACUCACCGCAUAAUCAAAACAACACAUUUGUAAUGGCCACAAUUUGCGGCAGCGCGUCGAGUUUUUACAAGAGUCGGUGUCCUCGCCGUUCCGCAAGUUUGCCGUCCGUCUGCUUGAUCCUGUUGUCAAGCUUCACGAAAGAUGCCCAGAAGUUUUUUUAACUCUCUGCAGCUAUCGAGUCAUUAUCGCAAGUCGUACCAAAACAUUUGUGGCCCUUCCACAGUCAUCAUGUAUAACUCUUCCCCUUCCCCCCUUCCCCCUUCCCCCCCCCCCCCCCCCCCAUAAGAUCUUUUUAGAGACAUUUUCGUUUUCCUUGUGUCCUUGUGUGUGCACUGCCAAACUUGUGUGAACAACUCGGAAAAUAAAGAAAAAACUUCUACAUGAA